AUGACUCUCUUCUUUAGGAAAUGUGUCUUAGACAUUUUGAGAGACUAUCUUGAAUGUGAACUUGCUGACAAACGUGGCGCACAAGAAGAACUGUACUUGGACCGAACGCGCAUUGGCGCGCUUUACCCUAUUGGAGUCCCACAUCAAGAGAAUUACGUAGAUUGUGGACUUUACCUACUUCAGUUUGCUGAGGCUUUUUUGACCAAGCCACCUGUUGGAAAGAUGUUGAAACAUGGUGCUCGUUGGCGGGAAUGGUAUCCAUGGUUUGAUCACUCCAUGUUCUUCAUGCGAGAGAAAAUUGGUAAACGUCUGAAAGGACUAUGCAGUGCGAAGGCCUGGCAGCGAUUGGAAGCCUAUGAACAUCAACAGGGACGUGGUAUUAAUAUAGAAACUGCAGCACUGAUGAUUGAUCGGGCACGAAGGCCUCGACGUCAUAGUGAGACCCGACUGCACGAGCCACACCCAAGGGCACGAAAGCGCACCCACUCUGAACCACCGAAUAUCAAAAAAUGCGCUCCGCCUGCGCCAAGAAUGGUCCCGUAA